AUGAAAGCAAGUAAUAUGUUUACAACAAUACAAGGUCAAUGUUCUGGUGGUAUAUGGCCUAUACAAGAUGCAACUAUUGGUUCAUUUACUGUUUCAUGGCGAUACAAUAUGGCUUCGAAUACAGUUCAAUUUAUUAUUCAAGGACAAACAAUAACUAGUAUUAAUCUUGCAUCGACUUAUAUUGCAAUUGGAUGGUCUGAUACAGCACCAACUAUGAAUAAUAUGGAUGUUGCAAUGUUCUUUCCUGGUACUCAGAUAGUGCAAGAUCGAUAUUCUCAAGGACAUGUUGUACCGUCAAUUGAUACUCAACAAGAUUUUUGUGUUAUUCAAACAAAUAUUACUGAUAAAUAUAUUUAUGUUUCAUUUGAACGAUAUUUAACAACAGGAGAUAUACAAGAUAUUAAUUUUAUUUCAAAUCUCUAUCUUAUGUUUUCAAUGGGUUCAUAUACAUUAUCAAACGAUACAAAUAAUUUCAUUCCUCAACAUCAUUUUUUUCGUAUACCGUUACAAACUAGUAUAAGUCUUAUUAAUUGUGUAUCAAGUGGUUGUUUAACAACAACUUGUACAAUAUCAUCAUGUUCAUGUUUACAACAAAUUAUAUCAGAUGUAGCACAAUGUAUUUGUUUUCCACCAUCAUCAUGUAUUUCAGGUUCAACAAUUACACCAAGCACAACAGUAUCUAUUUUAGCAACAACUUCAUUAACUUUACCAUUAUCUAUAAUUAUGAAUGGUUCAUGUCAAAAUUCAACAAAUCUAUGUUCGUCCAAUGGAAUAUGUCUUCAAACAUCAACAACGCAAUACAUAUGUCAAUGUAAAAAUGAUUAUACAGGUGUACUUUGCCAAACACCAUUAUUUUCAAAUAAUAGCGCGAAUACGAAUUUAUGCGAAUGUAUGAAUGGAGGAACUUGUUUAGCCAAUGGAACUUGUUUAUGUACAGAUCUUUAUCGAGGAAAAUUUUGUCAAUUAAAUAAUCCUUGUAUUGAUUAUUGUCAUAAUAAUAGCACUUGUUCAGUUAUAUGUACAGAUAUAUCAUGUAAUUUACCAAAUUGUACAUGUACAAAUAGUUAUAUUGGUAUACAAUGUGAAACAAUUGUGAGUGGUGUAUGUCAACCAAAUCCUUGUAUUUAUGGAAAUUGUGUAACAUUGACAAAUACAAGUUUUCAAUGUCAAUGUAAUUUUGGUUUUUUUGGAAGUCGAUGUGAAUUCAUCAAUAGUUGUUUAUCAAAUCCAUGUAAUCAAGGUACUUGUAUAGUAUCAUCAAAUUGUUUGGGUUUACUCUGUAGUUAUACAUGUCAUUGUCCAAAUGGAACAACAGGUCAAAAUUGUGAAAUUAAUGGAAAUCCAUGUUUAAGUACACCAUGUAAAAAUAAUGGUAGUUGUUCUGUAUUAUCAAAUACUUAUUCAUGUCAAUGUUUAUCACUAUAUGGUGGUACUAAUUGCGAUUCAAUUAUAAAUGUAUGUACACCAAAUCCCUGUUUCAAUAAUGGUAUUUGUGUUCGAAGUUCAAAUAUAAAAGAUGGAAUAUAUGAAUGUAAUUGUCAAAAUGGUUAUGUUGGUACAAGAUGUGAAUAUGCAAGUGGUUGUAUAUCAUCGCCAUGUCAUAAUUCUGGUCUAUGUAUUUCAUCGACAACUAAUUGUUCAUCAACAACAUGUCUUGUUAGUUGUAUAUGUUUGACUGGUACAACUGGUGUUUAUUGUGAACAACAAGAUACUUCAUGUUUAAUAUAUCCUUGUCUCAACGGAGGCAUAUGUCUAAUAAAUCCAAUAACUAAUAUUACUUAUUGUCAAUGUCGAUCAAAUACAAUCGGUGUUCGAUGUGAAAUAAUUCAAUCCAUAUGUACAAAUACAAUUUGUUUAAAUAAUGGUGUUUGUUAUAUAGAUACAACAUCUGGUAAUAAUACAGUAGGAUGUAUAUGUCCUUUGGGUUAUACUGGUCAAUAUUGUCAAACAUUUAUAAAUAUUUGUUCACAAAAUCCUUGUGGAUAUAAUGGUACUUGUUUUUCUACAUCGAAUUCAUCUUAUUAUUGUAUUUGUCCAAAUGGUUUAGUUGGUCAAUCAUGCACAUCAAAUAUAUUAACAUCAUGUUCAAAUUCACCUUGUCAUUAUUUAUCAACAUGUCAACAAAUAUCAAAUACAAAUUCUAUAAGUUAUAAAUGUAUUUGUCCUGAUUAUUUAACUGGUGAUCGAUGUCAAUAUACAAAUAAUUGUCAACAACAACCAUGUUAUAAUCAAGCUAGUUGUAUAUCACUUGGUUCACAAAAUAAUUUUAUGUGUAUAUGUCAACCGGGAUUUGGACAUUAUGAUUGUUCAAUAUAUUUGGGUCCAUUAUGUAAUUCCAAUAUAUGUCUAAAUGGAGGUACAUGUGAUUAUAAUAAUACAAAUAUUCGAUGUAUUUGUUCAACAGAUUUUGCUGGACCACAUUGUGAAUGGAAUUCGGUUUGUUCGAUGAAUACAUGUCUAAAUGGUGGUACUUGUAGACAAAUAGCUGCAACAAUGGCUGAAUGUUUAUGUGCAACUGGUUUUACUGGUCCAACAUGUAAUUUACGUGAUUCUUGUGCUAAUUUUCCAUGUAAGAAUGGUGCCGGUUGUCAGACAUUACUUACUGAUACAAAUACUAAUUGGGCAGCAUAUCGUUGUGUUUGUCCACCAGGAUUUUAUGGACAAAAUUGUGAUAUAGCUGUAAGUUCAUGUGCAAAUAUGCUUUGUCCUUCAUAUAAAAUUUGUAAUGAACAACCAACAGGACCUGUAUGUACAUGUCCAGGAAAUAAAGUUGGAACAUUUUGUCAAUAUGAAAAUCCUUGUAGUCUAUCAUCAACACCUUUUUGCUUAAAUAGUGGUACAUGUGUUUCAUCAAAUACAGAUCCUCCAAUAGCUUUAUGUCUUUGUCCUGAAAGUUUUACAGGUCCAUAUUGUAAUAUAAUGAUACAAAAUGAUCCAUGUGCAAGUAAUCCAUGUCAAACACAUGGUUAUUGUGCAUUAUCAAUAUUAAAAACAUCAUAUUCAUGCAUUUGUCAAUCUAAUUAUAUUGGUGAUAACUGUGAAAGAAUUAAUCCAUGUGUAUCAUCUCCAUGUUUAAAUCAAGCUAUCUGUCAAGGCUAUUGGAAUACAACUAAUACUUGGUGUAUUUGUCUUUGUGUUGGAACAUUUACAGGAACAAAAUGUGAAACAUCAUUACUUAAUCCAUGUGGUGGAUUGUGUAUGAAUGGAAGUUCAUGUGUUAAUGGAGUAUGUGUUUGUCCACCUCAAUAUACUGGAACAUUUUGUGGAUUUGAUAAUCCAUGUUAUAAUCCUAUGUGUCAAAAUGGCGGUUUUUGUUCAGCUAAUUUUAAUUCAACAGGUGUGUCAUUUACAUGUACUUGUCGAAGUUCUUUUACUGGUCAAUAUUGUGAAACUUCUAUUUAUACACAAUCAGCAAAUGCUACGUGUACACCAAUAUGUUACAAUAACGGUUCUUGUGUUAAUGGUUUAUGUAUGUGUACAUCACAAUAUGUUGGACCAUCAUGUCAAUAUGAAAAUCCAUGUAUUAAUCGUAAUCCCUGCUUAAAUGGUUCUACAUGCUUUGGUCAAUAUAAUACAGAUGGAACUGUAUAUGCGCAAUGUUUUUGUCCUCAAGGAUAUACAGGAAUAUAUUGUGAAGCAACACUUUGUUCAUCAACAUCAUGCAAUGGUGGUACAUGUAUAGCAACUCAAAAUAGUUUUGUAUGUGUAUGUCCGACAGGAAAAACUGGCGAUCAUUGUCAAUAUGCAGAUGCUUGUGCAAAUAAUCCAUGUUUACCAUCUGAACAAUGUGAACAAACAGGAAAUCAAUAUAAAUGUAUUUCUUGUUAUGAUAAAAGUAAUUUUUGUUCAAUGUAUCAAAAUCUUAAUCAAUAUUGUGAUAAUCAGUAUACGUUACUUAUUAAUAAUAUUUGGCUUCCAGUACCAGAAGUAUGUCAACGUUCAUGUAAUCAAUGUAUACCAGUACAAAAGUUGAAUGAUAGACAUUUGAAAUUGAUAGAAGAACAAGAUUAUAUAUCUGAAAAUAUGACAAUAACUUUAACUUCUACAACAACAACAGCAACAAUUUCAAAACUAAAUAUAAUAUUUUCACAAGAAGACAAAUGUUUUGAUCAACGAGAUGAUUGUUUAAUGCAAAAAGCAUGUGGAUUUUGUGUUAUUUUUAAUGAAAAAUAUCCAAAUGAUUGUGUUAAAACAUGCCAUCCUGAUUGUACUUUUCGUUCUUAA